AUGGUUGAAACAAGGGAUCAUAACUUUGUUUAUCCACCAGGUUAUCGUUUUUGUCCACAUGAUGAAGAACUUAUUCUUCAUUAUCUCAAGAAAAAAGUAAUGAACGAAUUUUUACCAUACAACAUUAUCAAAGACGUUAAUCUCUACAAGUAUUGUCCUAAUGAGCUUGCAGAGAACUUUCCAAUUUUGGGAGAAAAGGAAUGGUACUUUUUUACUCCAAGGCGUCGGAAAUAUCCCAAUGGUGAAAGGCCAAAUCGUGCUGCUGGAACAGGCUAUUGGAAGGCUACUGGAGCUGACAAGCCUAUUAUACACAAAAAAGUUAAAGUUGGAUUUCGAAAGGCUUUGGUUUUUUACGAAGGUAAACCUCCCAACGGCAUUAAAACAAAUUGGAUUAUGCACGAAUUUAGAGUGGAUGAAUCGCGCAUGAUCAAAACUCAUGCAUCUGAUAUGAGGCUCGACGAUUGGGUUCUAUGUAGGAUUUACAAAAAAGUUGACAAGUCAUCCAAAACUCAAACUCCUCCUCAAAAGGAUGACCACGAGCAACAAUACUCUAUAAAUUCAGCGGAAAUUGAAAAUCCUAUCAAUUUAGCGGAGGUUGAGAACCCUAUCAAUCCUAUCAAUUCAGGGGCGGAUGUUGAAAACCCUAUCAAUUCAGGGGCGGAGGUAUGGAAUCCUACCAAUUCAGGGCUUGUCGCGAAUUAUUUUUACGAAGAGACUAUGAAUUCAUGUGGAGAAUCUCAGCCAACUUAUCAGAAUAAUCCAAAUAUUGCCAUAAAUCCUUAUUCCUGUUAUGAUCCAACAUUAAACUAUGCAUUCAACCUUCCACCACCAUUUCCUCUUGAUGACAUGCAGUUUGAACCAAACACCAAUUUGUCUGAUCAGAUUGAUUACGAUAUUUAUGGUUGUGGUGAUUUAGAUAAGAACCAAUUUUUAUGAUUAUUCAUCGUUAUUGACGAGACAGAUCUAGAAAUUAGUGAUAGAUAGUUCAUUAGCUCUUAAUAUUAGUGUUGCU